AUGAUCACAAUCAUAUUCACCAAUGAUUCGUCGUCAUCAGGCGUGAGCAGUCAUCAUCAUCAACGCCAGGCCACAACGGGAAAGUGGGAACAUGGGCACGUCACCUCCAUCAAACGCACCGAAUCGGAGCCGCUACCUACGACCUACAUACGCAAUUAUCGUCAACCUUCUUCCCGCUUCUAUCUACGACAACACCCUUCUCCCCUUUCGUCGCCUGCUUGGCACCGUCCCACUCCGCUUGGCUCUGCUCUGGUCUCCGCUUUUCCCUGCUUUAUUCGAGUGACCUCAUCCACUCAUUUGCUGGCCUCCGCACUUAUUUUCCCACCCUCUGCCAUCCUCGCCAUCCUCGCCAUCCUCGCCAUCAUCACCAUCAUCACCAUCAAUCACCACCACGAUCAAGGGCCACCUCCUUACACCUCUCCCUUCUCGAGCGCCGCCAUCUUUCCCUCUGCCUCUCCGACUCGCACCGCAGCCUUCGACACCACUUGGGCCCAAGAUUGCCCUCGCCCAACUCAUCAGCCAUUCCAACUCUAG